AAAAAAAAACGAGCAUUGUCGUUCAUCGAGAUCCAAAUCUCAGUUUCGUUUUGAUCUCUCGUCUUUGAUCGCUAGUCGGAGCUCCGGUAACGGAUCCGGGACAAAUUCGGCGGAGAAAUCUGCUUCGCGGCUAACUUGAUUUGUAGAUUCUUCCUAAAGUUGCCGGCGGGCGAAGGGACAGCUCUUCCACACCCAAUCAUGAAUUCAAUUUUUUCCGGUACUCGUCUAAGGGACAUGAUUCGAUCCAUAAGAGCGUGCAAAACAGCUGCGGAGGAGCGUGGCGUUGUGAGGAAAGAGUGUGCUGAUAUCAGAGCAUCCAUUAAUGAAAAUGACCCUCAUGAUAGGCACCGGAACCUCGCCAAGCUCAUGUUCAUACACAUGCUGGGUUACCCGACGCAUUUUGGUCAGAUGGAGUGCUUGAAGCUUAUUGCGUCUCCUGGCUUCCCAGAGAAGAGGAUUGGUUAUCUCGGGCUGAUGUUGCUUCUUGAUGAGAGACAGGAAGUGUUGAUGCUCGUCACAAAUUCAUUAAAACAAGAUCUUAACCACACGAACCAGUACGUUGUAGGGCUCGCGCUCUGUGCUUUAGGGAAUAUUUGCUCUGCAGAAAUGGCUCGUGAUCUUGCGCCAGAAGUAGAAAGAUUGAUCCAGUUUCGUGACCCUAAUAUCCGUAAGAAGGCGGCACUUUGCUCCACUAGAAUAGUAAGGAAGGUUCCAGAUCUUGCAGAGAACUUUAUAAAUGCUGCUUCUUCCUUGCUUAAAGAAAAGCAUCAUGGGGUUCUUAUAACAGGAGUUCAACUUUGUUAUGAACUCUGCACGAUCAAUGAUGAGGCCCUAGAAUACUUCCGAAAGAAAUGCACGGAGGGGCUGAUAAAAACUUUGAGGGAUAUUACUAAUAGCGCAUAUCAGCCUGAGUAUGAUGUUGCAGGGAUCACAGAUCCUUUUCUUCACAUACGGUUACUUAAGCUCCUGCGUGUUUUAGGCCAUGGUGACGCUGAUGCUAGUGAUUUGAUGACUGAUAUACUUGCCCAGGUGGCCACAAAAACUGAAUCAAACAAAAACGCAGGAAAUGCCGUACUCUAUGAGUGUGUUGAAACAAUCAUGGCCAUUGAAGACACCAGUAGCUUGCGUGUGCUUGCUAUCAAUAUCUUGGGAAGAUUCUUAUCUAACCGCGACAACAAUAUCAGAUAUGUUGCAUUAAACAUGCUGAUGAAAGCAAUCGCGUUUGAUGAUCAAGCAGUGCAAAGGCACAGAGUUACAAUCUUAGAAUGUGUUAAGGACCCAGAUGCUUCCAUCCGGAAAAGAGCUCUUGAGCUCGUCUCUCUUUUGGUAAAUGAGAACAAUGUCAAACAACUGACAAAGGAGCUGAUUGAUUAUUUGGAAAUCAGCGAUGAAGAUUUUAAGGAGGAUCUUAGUGCGAAAAUCUGUUCCAUCGUUGAAAAGUUUUCUCCAGAGAAAAUCUGGUACAUUGAUCAGAUGCUCAAGGUUCUGUCGGAGGCUGGAAAGUUUGUGAAAGAUGAUGUGUGGCAUGCACUGAUUGUUGUCAUAAGUAAUGCAUCAGAGCUUCAUGGAUAUACAGUCAGAGCAUUAUACAAAGCAGUCCUGACAUAUUCGGAACAGGAGACCCUUGUCCGAGUGGCGAUUUGGUGCAUUGGGGAAUAUGGUGAUUUGCUGGUUAACAAUGUGGGGAUGCUUGGUAUUGAAGAUCCAAUAACGGUAACGGAAAGUGAUGCAGUUGACGUUGUCGAGGAUGCCAUUACUCGCCAUAACUCAGAUAUGACUACCAAAGCUAUGGCAUUGGUUGCUCUGCUGAAGCUGUCAUCCCGCUUUCCUUCUAUCUCAGAGAGGAUUAAAGAUAUAAUUGUGAAGCAGAAAGGGAGCCUUCUCCUUGAAAUGCAGCAGAGAGCUAUUGAAUUCAAUUCUAUUGUUGACAGGCAUAAAAAUAUCAGGCCUUCUCUAGUUGAGAGAAUGCCGGUGCUAGAUGAGGCUACCUUCAAUGUGAGGAGGGCUGGCUCUUUACCUGCGUCAGUUUCAACAAUGGCCAAACCUUCAGUUAGUAUUCCAAAUGGUGUUGCUGCAGCUCCACUAGUGGAUUUACUGGACCUGGGUUCUGACGAUAUCAUGGCUGCACCUAGUUCAUCUGGUGCAGAUUUCCUUCAGGAUCUUCUGGGUGUUGACUUAGGAUCAUCGUCAGCACAAUCUGGUGCAACCCCGGGUCCAAAAGCCGGUGCAGAUCUGUUGAUGGAUAUUUUAUCAAUUGGGACACCUUCCCCGGCACAAAACAACACAUCAUCAGUUGAUUUGUUAUCAACACCUGGCAUUAACAAGAAUCCUUCUAAUGCGCUAGACACACUUUCUUCACCAGCUCUACCUCACAUAGCAACGACUGCUUCUGCUGGUGGUAUGUUCGAUUUGUUAGAUGGUCUUACUCCUAGCCCAUCGAAGGAAGCAACCAAUGGUCCAGCAUAUCCACCUAUUGUUGCAUACGAGAGCAGCACCUUGAAGAUUGAGUUCACAUUCUCAAAGUCAUCAGGGAACCCACAAGAAACAAAUGUCCAGGCCACUUUUAUAAAUCUAUCUCCUAAUACUUUCACAGAUUUUAUCUUCCAGGCUGCUGUUCCAAAGGUCAUUUCAGUUUUCUUUUUUUCUCCCUUAUUAUCCAGUUAUCAAAAUUUCUUUAACAUUGUCUUUCGUUCAUUUAAUCUCCAGUUCCUCCAGCUGCACUUGGAUCCAGCAAGCAGUAACACACUCCCGGCAAGCGGUAACAUCACGCAGAAUCUGAGAGUCACAAACAGCCAGCACGGCAAGAAAUCUCUUGUGAUGCGCAUGAGGAUUGGGUACAAAGUGAACGGAAAAGAUGUAUUGGAGGAAGGACAGAUCAACAACUUCCCUCGUGGGUUGUGAGGCUGAUUGUAUUUUCAGCAUAAGGAACUUUGAGUAUUUAUUAUCAGCAUCCCUAUUCCAAAAAAAAAAAAAAGGAAAGAAAGAUAUGUCUUACCCGAGCAGCUGACGCAACAAAAUCAGCUUUUAUUUUCCUACUUUUUUCAUCCGUUUCCUGAAACUUUGGCUUUGUUUUGGAUUUGAGAUUCUUCGUGUUUCUUUUUGAACAAAAUUUCAUAUGUUUUUGAGUCAGAAAGUGAUGGAGGAAGAAGCACACAAGUUUGUCUCGUGUAUAAAACUUUAAAAGAGAUUUGAUUGCCCACGAGAUGUAUUUCUAGUUACAGUUA